CCCCUCCCCCCGCCCCAACUAGGCCCCGUUACCGGACGCUGCACCACCCCUAGACACCCCCCGCCCACCCAGGAGUGGGGCUCCCCUCCCCUCGACCCACAGUGCAUUCAUUGCCGAUCCCCUCCAGGCCCUGGCACCUGGCCCUCGCGAGGAGGUCGGUGUCAGCCACCCACCUCCCUCCCUAGACCCCUGCGCUGCCCCCAGGCCCUGCACCCACCCUGAGGAGCCAGGAGACACCUCGUCUUCCCCGGGCCCUGUGCCCAACCCCGAGGGGCAGGAUCCCCCGCUGGUCCCCCAGGUCCAAGCCACUCUUGCACCAGCCCUGAGGAGAGAGGCUAAGCGCACCCUCUUUCCCUAGCCAUCCCUCCCACCCAAACUAGUUCGAGUAGUCAGCCCUCCACCCCUCUCUACCCCCACCCCAGAUAAGCCCCACCCAGUCCUGUCGAAGCCCCGCCCCCAGACCACCGAACAGGUCCCAGGUUCUCCUCAGGCCUUGCGCCAGUCCAGUGGGAAGGGGUGCCCCCUCCCCCACCCCGGCCAAGUCUGCCCCGCCCCUGCCCUGCCCCGCCCAGCCCAGUAGGCCCCCCGGCGUGGGCCUGCAGCCCGGGCCAGGGCCCCGCGCCCUCCGCCGCGGCGGCAGCAUGGCCUCGGAGACAGUGAAAGUGGUGGUUCGCUGUCGGCCCAUGAACCAACGGGAGAAAGAGCUGAACUGCCAGUCCGUGGUGACAGUGGACUGCGCCCGCGGCCAGUGUUUCAUCCAGAACCCGGGCGCCGCGGACGAGCCGCCCAAGCAGUUCACCUUCGACGGCGCCUAUUAUCUGGAGCACUACACCGAGCAGAUCUACAACGAGAUCGCCUACCCCCUGGUGGAGGGUGUCACUGAGGGAUACAAUGGCACCAUCUUCGCCUAUGGCCAGACAGGCAGUGGGAAGUCUUUUACUAUGCAAGGCCUGCCAGACCCUUCCACCCAGAGAGGCAUCAUCCCCAGAGCGUUUGAACAUAUUUUUGAGAGUGUCCAGUGUGCAGAGAACACCAAAUUCUUGGUCCGGGCUUCCUAUCUAGAGAUCUAUAAUGAGGAUAUUCGAGACCUGCUGGGAGCUGACACCAAGCAAAAGCUGGAGCUGAAGGAGCACCCAGAGAAAGGCGUGUACGUGAAGGGUCUGUCCAUGCACACGGUCCACAGCGUGGCCCAGUGUGAGCGCAUCAUGGAGAUGGGCUGGAAGAACCGCUCGGUGGGCUACACCCUCAUGAACAAGGACUCCUCGCGUUCCCACUCCAUCUUCACCAUCAGCAUCGAGAUCUAUGCUGUGGAUGAGCGAGGCAAAGACCACCUCCGGGCUGGGAAAUUGAACCUCGUCGACCUGGCCGGCAGUGAGCGGCAGUCAAAAACGGGAGCUACAGGGGAGAGGCUCAAGGAAGCCACAAAAAUUAACCUCUCACUAUCGGCUUUGGGCAACGUCAUCUCGGCCCUGGUGGACGGCCGCUGCAAGCACAUCCCCUACCGCGACUCGAAGCUGACCCGGCUGCUGCAGGACUCCCUUGGGGGCAACACCAAGACCCUCAUGGUGGCCUGCCUGUCCCCUGCCGACAAUAACUACGAUGAGACGCUCAGCACCCUGCGGUAUGCCAACCGAGCUAAAAACAUCAAGAACAAGCCUCGCAUCAACGAGGAUCCCAAGGACGCCCUCCUGAGAGAGUACCAGGAGGAGAUCAAGAAACUGAAGGCCAUCUUGGCUCAAACGGUGAACUCAAACCACUUGACAGCCUUGUUAUCGAACCAGCUGUGUGGUAAAGUUGAGCAGACCGAGGAGAAGCCGCCACCCCCACCCCCUCCUCAGCCAGACACCGAAGCAGAGAAGCAACUGAUUCGGGAGGAAUACGAGGAACGGCUGGCCCGUCUAAAGGCUGAUUAUGAAGCAGAACAGGAGUCAAGAGCCAAGCUGGAAGAGGACAUCACCGCCAUGCGCAAUUCAUAUGAUGUGAAACUUUCUACCUUGGAAGAGAACCUCAGGAAGGAGGCUGAGGCUGCCCUCAAGGCCGAGGCCCUGUCCAAGGCUGAGGCCCUGGCCAAAGCUGAGGCACUGGCCAAAGCUGAGGAACUGCUCAGGAUUGAGACCCUGUCCAAGGCUGAAGCUGUCCUCAAGGACGAAGACCUUCUGAAAUCCGAGGGCCAGUUGGAGGUACUCCUUCAGGGCCCAUCGUCGGAGGUCUUGUCAUUGGAGCUCCCCUCGUUGGAGGUAUCCGACAAGCCCGAGGAGCCCUGCCAGCCUGAGGUCCCCUUCCUACCUGAGACCCCCUUCCCAUCUGAAGUCCCCCCUAAGGCCGAAGUCCCAUGUGUGUCUGAGGAGCUGUUUCCAUCAGACACUCCUGCUGAGCGAGAGGCCCCACUGCCAUCUGAAAUCGCUGCAUCUGAAGCUCUGUUCAAGCCCAACGAGUUGUCCAAGGAUGAGGUCCUCCCCAAGCCUGAAGCCUUCUUCAAGGGUGAAAACAACUCUGAGCAGACAAUGCAGCCUUCCCUGGAGCAGACAUUUGUGGAGUUGCAGCCUCUUAUGCUAGACAUUACCUCUCCGGAAGCUGAACAGAUCACAGGGCAGCUGGCCAUUUUCGAUGAGCUGGAGGUAAAGCUGUCCAAGAUUUCCUCUGGGGCUGCCAACAAGCUGGAUAUAUCAGAAAUCCUACUGCAGUAUUCCAUGACCGACCUGCUGCUGCUGAGUGACAUGAAGCCUGAAGCCGACCCUGGCUUUGAGACAGUGCCCAAAAGUGAGGCUGAGCAGCCACCACAGAUAGCCCAGCACGUGGGGAUCCCCAAAAAAGAGAGCGUAGGAGUGGAAGUGGCGGUGGUGACAGAGGAAAUCCCUGCGGCUGUGGACCAGGAGCAGGUGCUGGCCAGGCUGCACAUGCUGGAGCAGCAGGUGGUGGGAGGAGAGCAAGCGAAGAACAAGGACCUGAAGGAGAAAUUGAAGCGGCGCAAACGCUACGCAGAUGAGCGGAAGAAGCAGCUGGUGGCAGCCCUGCAGAACUCUGAUGAGGACGGAGGUGACUGGGUGCUCCUGAACGUCUACGAUUCCAUUCAGGAGGAAGUGAGAGCCAAGAGCAAGCUCCUGGAGAAGAUGCAGAGAAAGCUGCGGGCUGCAGAGGUAGAGAUCAAAGAUCUACAGUCAGAAUUUGAGCUGGAGAAGAUUGAUUACUUGGCCACCAUCCGCAGGCAAGAGCGAGACUUCCUGCUUUUCCAGCAGCUUCUUGAACAGAUGCAGCCACUGAUUCGACGGGACUGUAACUAUAGCAACCUUGAUAAGAUCAAGCGGGAAUCAUCCUGGGAUGAAGAGAAUGGCUUCUGGAAGGUGCCAGAGCCUGUCAUUGUGAAAACCAGUCUCCCUGUAGCAGUUUCAACAUUACCACAGAAUAAGCCUUCAAGAAAAACCUGUUCAGCUGAUAAUGGAGAACCAUUGCAGGAAGAAGAUCGCUACAAGCUAAUGCUGAAUAGGAGCGACAGUGAAAAUAUUGCCAGCAACUAUUUCCGAUCCAAACGGGCCAGCCAGAUCCUCAGUACGGAUCCCAUGAAGAGUCUGGCUCACCAUAACUCACCGCCCGGGCUCAAUUCCUCCCUGAACAACGCCUCUUCCAUCCUGACACCCAUCUCACCCACCCAGGCCACGGACAUGCCCCAGCCUCGGCCCUUCCGUCUCGAGUCCCUGGACAUCCCCUUUGCCAAGGCCAAGCGCAAGAAAAGCAAAAGUAACUUUGGCAAUGAGCCCCUCUGAGCUCCGCACCCCCCACCCCACCCCGCCCCGCCCGGAGCUAGCUGCCCCUGUCCUGGCCCUGCUAGACUCUGCCUCCCCUCUCCUCCGGCCGGGGGGAGGGGGUGCGGAGGGUGCCAGCUGGCCCUGGGCCAGGGACAGCUCCUCCAGCCUGCCCUCAGCCUGCCUGGCUGGCAGGACUGAGGCAAGGAAAGACUCCUUGCGCUUCAUGAUCCGGACACCUGUCCAACCCCUCCAACAGCUCUGUUCUCGCUCCUAAAAAAGGGACACAGCAGUAGCUGUUUUCCUGCCCCCCACUCCCCCCCAUUUUGUUUGCACCUGCAGCCUGAGCCCCCCUGAGAACCUGCCAGCCAGUGGUGAUCCUGACGGACCUUAGCAGACCACCCCUCCCCAAACGCACCACCGCCAAGGGUUUUCUGGGGGGCCACCCUUCAGGGUUAAUUGCAUGGAUGAGACUGGAACGAAAGCCAUUUGACCAGAGGGAGGGAGAGGGUCCUUCUUUGGCCUCUCCUGCUGACUGAGCUUUGGAUUCCUGAUGAGAAAAAUAAAUGGCGCGUCCAGAUGGA